AUGGCUCCCGCUAACCUGCCCUCGAUCUUCAAUGCCACUUCCCAGGACAUUGAGAUGCUCCUUGCAGCUCAAGCCCACCUGGGAAGCAAGAACCUCCAGGUUCACAUGGAGCCUUACCUCUGGAAGACCCGUGCCGACGGUGUCAACGUGAUCAACGUUGGCAAGACCUGGGAGAAGAUUGUCCUGGCCGCCCGCAUCAUCGCCGCCGUUGACAACCCGGCCGACAUUUGCGUUAUCUCUGCCCGUCCCUACGGCCAGCGCGCUGUCCUCAAGUUCGCCGCCCACACUGGCGCCGUUGCCAUUGCCGGUCGCUUCACCCCCGGUUCCUUCACCAACUACAUCACCCGCUCUUUCAAGGAGCCCCGCCUGAUUAUCGUCACCGACCCCCGUACCGAUGCCCAGGCCAUCAAGGAGGCUUCCUACGUCAACAUCCCCGUCAUCGCUCUUUGCGACACCGACUCCCCCACCGAGUACGUCGACGUUGCCAUCCCCACCAACAACAAGGGUCGUCACUCCAUCGGUCUUGUCUGGUGGAUGCUCGCCCGUGAGGUCCUCCGCCUUCGCGGCACCAUCUACAACCGCGAGACCCCCUGGGACACCAUGGUCGAUCUGUACUUCUACCGCGACCCUGAGGCCGAGGCCGAGGAGAAGGUCGAGGAGGAGAAGCUCCCCGGUGUUGAGGAGGAGGGUGUUGCCGCCAUCGAGUCUGGCUUCCCCGCCACUGGUGACUGGGACGCCCAGGCUCCUGGCUUCACUGGUGCCCAGACCGGCACCAACUGGGACGGUGCUGGUGACGAGUGGGCUGCCGCUGGCGCCGCUCCCACCGGUGACUGGGCCGCUGCUGGCGAGGCUGCUGCCGCUGCCCCCAAGGAGUCUCAGUGGUAG